GUCCAUGUAAUGCACAAACGCCGGUCGCGCCAGGCUAGGCUAUUGAGUGUACAUGUACGCGGAACAGGUCCAUGCACUUUAGUCAGUGGGUUGGGCAAGUUAAACUUGUCAGGCGAAACUACCCUUAAAAUGUCUUCAGACGAAAAGCAUUCUGUCAAGGCUCUGAAGGGAGGGCGUAACCAUGCAGGAGCAAAGGAGCUUGCCAGUUACUAUUCGAGUGGGAAGCGAGUGCAAGAGUACAUCUGUGUGACAGUCGCUGUGUGCCUCACCGUGUUCAAUGCUUACCACAUUCUUCGAAACUUUGAUAUUCAGAACUGGAAAUGGCACCUUGCCAGUUCAAUCCUGGCCAUUCUUGUCUCAGAUUUUGCGUCUGGAUUGGUUCACUGGCUCUCUGACUCCUACGGAUCUGUGGACAUGCCCGUGUUUGGAAAGGCUUUCAUCAGGCCUUUUCGAGAGCACCACAUUGACCCCACGGCAGUCUGUCGCCACGACUUCAUCGAGGUCAACGGGGACAACUUCAUGUUGGUUAUCCCCUUCUUCUCCUACUCGGCCUACAAGUUUGUCACCCUCGGCCCGGCCGAGGUCCAGGCUACCGUGGUGUUUGAGUCCUUCAUGCUGACCUUGGGCUUCUUCGUCAUGGUGACCAACCAGAUCCACAAGUGGUCCCACACCUAUUUUGGCCUGCCCCGGGCCGUCACCCUGCUGCAGGACCUGCACCUGAUCCUGCCCCGCAAGCACCACCGCGUCCACCACGUGGCACCCCACGAGACGUACUUCUGCAUCACCACAGGCUGGCUGGACUACCCCCUGGAGAAGCUGGGCUUCUGGCCAGCCAUGGAAGGCAUCAUCGAGAGGCUGACCGGCAUCAAGCCCCGGACUGACGACAUGCACUGGUGCAAGAAAGAGGACAUAAGAUAACUCAGCCCAAGUUUCUCUUACUAGCCUUUUGUGAAGUAUGUUGGAUACGGUCCAUGGGGAUUGAUUACAGGGUCUUUAUGAAUUUAUUGAGUGUGAAAUUCUGGUGCUUUUAAUUGGGACUCAACAGAUUCGGACAAAAACACGUUUUACCUUUCUGAGCGACAGUCAUGAUGGUUAGCCAAAUAAAAAAGUACAAAGAUGUUGGCUCACAUCAAUAAAAAAAAAGUCAUUGAAAAAAAAUGGAAAUGCAAUGUGAUGAUCUAUGGGUCAGUAAGUUCCACUGUCUGGAACAACUCUCCCCCUUGCAUCGCACAUACUUCCAAGAGGCUAAAUACCAACACCAAAGUCUAGUUGUAGAUGAUAAGUGCGCAUCAUACAAACACCAAACUUGAAGUACAUGUUUUAUUUCCCGAUGCAGGCUUGUAUUUUCGCAAAGGCCAUAAGUGUCUGUUAACCUGGAGCAAACUUCACCAAGCGUCUGAGCAGACGAAUUUGCCUCAAGUGUCAAAUCCUGCUGCUCAUGCCAUCAGCAAGAGCAAAACAGCUCUGCUACCUGUGUCCUGACCUAAUAUAUUUUAGCCAUGUUACCUUAAAGAUUUUCAGAGAAAGCUGAACUCUGAAUCAAUAUAAAAAAGAAAAAAAAAUGGUUUUCCUGCUCAUCUACCCUGCUUUGAGAUGCCAUGUUACAGGAAGCAGAACUAUUUUGGUGGGAGGGGGGGGUUAAACAAAAACAAGUGAGCAGCCAAAAUGUUCUAGCUUCCAAUCUGACUUUGGCUUAGCAAGAAAAUUUGCUGUGCCAGCGGAGCCAUAUUGUCUGCCAAGCAUCUCAGUGAAAAAAAACAAGGCAUGCAAACUGUUCUUUUCUUUUGCAGCUGAUUCCCUCAUUAUUUGACAGUCAUUUAUGCCGUUACAAAGUGUAAAAGAAACAAUUAAGUUAUGACUUGAUUUUUUUAUCUGUCUGCUCGGGUGCCUACUUGGAGUAUACCCCAGUCAUGAAUUUGUUGCCUCGUGAAAUGAAGGCGCCUCUGACAAGAACCAAAGGGCCUUCCCUGUUUGAGAACUAAACACCAGCAAGCGCACCGCUCGGUGAUUUUGCUCAAAAGUGGUUGAUUUUUUCACCGUGAUUUUCAAACAUUUUCACACCCAUUGCAAAAAUUUGCAGUGGUAGUUGCCAGGCUAAGUUUUAAAUCCAGUGUUGCAUCAAGGUGUCCCUUAUCUCUUUCGUUCGGUUUUCAGCUCUUCUGUCCUGAGCGAUUUGUAAUGUGUGAACAGAUAAUAUUGGGAAUGAAGAGUGCACCGAUGUAACCUAUGCAAUAGUCGACGCAUUUAUCAAAUAUGCCUGUAAUAUUGCUUGCUAUUAAAACUUAGGGCCAUAUCGUAAGACCAUUUCUAAAGUCUUGUUAAAUUUUGUAAAGCAUCUUCAAUUCUGUUUAUCAGGCUGUCUGUCAUUUGGGUCCGGGAUUCAGAUUUUGUUUUAAAUAAGGGAAGUGGCCAUAAUCAUGUAAAGUAUAGAAUUAUUAAAAAAAUUUGUAUUUAUUACAGAGGAUGUUGUGGUGUUGGAUUUGCUAUUAUAGGAUAGACAAUUUCGAUUGAGUGAACUAACCCAAGCUUUUAAAAAUUUAGUCUAACAGAAUAGCUUUUACUCAGCUUUAUUCAACCUUUCAAUUUUGAGAAUCAGCUUGUCCCAUGAAAAAUUGUAUGAUGCAGUCCUAAAAAUAAUUUAUGUACUGUGCACAAAUGAACUUAUGAGACAGUUCCAUUAGUGAAUUUGGGGGGUGUCUUGCAUGUGUGUCGUGUGUGUGGCAUUAACAUAACUUUUAGGUAGUUUGUAGUGUCAAACAGCAUUUGAGUAAUAACUGCAUUGUCCCUGAUUUUACCAGGCUCGGAUGUGAAUUUACUUGAUUUAGUGAUGUACCCUAUACACCGAUACUUGCAUUUGUGGUAUACCAGAUCACUUUGUCACAUUGCUGCGGACACUAGGAGAGAGAUACCAUGCCCAAAAAAGUGACAAGUUUUCCAUUGCUUAUCACUCCAUAAGCAGGAAAAAUGCAGGUUGUUGAGACGUGUAUCUUUGUUGAAAUUUCUUAUGCAGCACUGACCAGCUUGCACCCUUGUAAACAAAAGGAAGAGAAUUUUGUUUGUUCAUAAGAGUUGUAUAAGAGACAAUUCCGUAGACAUUCGACACUGUGUAUGCCAUGUAUUUAAUCCAGACAUUACCUGUGCAAAGUCUCUUUGUAGCACCAAGUUGCAAAGUGUGGAAUAUCCAAAAGGAACUAAUGGAGAUGGCGCUGUUUCGAGAUCAUCAUGUACCAUUUGCCAUUAAAAAAUGGCACGGCUACUAAAGAUAUUUAUUUUUGUGUGUAUUUUUGAAUUUGGUUUCACACGUACCCAUUGUCCUGACUGAGGGUCCUUCUGUUGACCACUUUCUUUGUAGUCCAGUUCUGAUUGGACAGCUAAAUUAUAUUUAACAAGAGAGCAUCCCGUAGUGGUCCAUGUGCUUUUUCUUUUUUUUUUUAGAGGUCAGCCGAAAACAGCCAUUUUGAAUGGGAACAUGGGUAUGAGUGAACUUAUUUUGUACUUAUUUUUGCUCUUGUUCAGCAAUUAAUUUUAUCAACAAUACCAAAUUUACAGUGUAAGUGUGGCUAUUAAAAUGUAAAAAAGUGUC